AUGUCCAGUAGUGCUCCCGUUGUCAGUGAUGAGCAGCAGCCCGCGAGCCCAGCUGCAGACAGCAUAGCUCCCGAAAUCUCUGUUGCUUCUUCCUAUGUUCAGAAUAGUAAUACCGAUGGGGAAGAGUCGUCCACGUAUGGGACCGAUAACGAGGCGAGCUUGUAUUCAACGGAAUCGCUGAGCUCGUCCAUCUAUGAGUACCGGUACGAGAAUGGCCGCCGGUAUCACGCAUACAAAGCAGGGAAAUACAUGCUCCCCAAUGACGAGAGAGAGCAAGACCGCCUCGACAUCAUCGCGCACGUCUAUAAUCUCGUCCACAGCGGCAAGCUCCACCUAGCGCCUAUCGACCCCAACCCCCAACAUAUCCUUGACAUUGGUACCGGUACCGGUAUCUGGGCCAUCGACUGCGCCGAACAGUACCCCUCCGCCCAAGUCAUCGGUACGGAUCUCAGCCCGAUUCAACCGUCCUGGGUCCCGCCCAAUGUAAGCUUCCAGAUUGACGAUGUGGAGCAGUCAUGGACGUUCAACAAGAAUCAUUUCGACCUGAUCCACAUCCGCAAUCUCAUGGGCGGUGUCGGCAACUGGGAGCAUGUCAUUGAUGAGUGUUUUGAGCACACUAAGCCCGGCGGUUGGGUCCACAUCACCGAGUACGAAAUGGCCAUCUUCAGCGAUGACGGCACCGUCACUCCCGACCUACAGUACUUCCAGUUCUACGAGUUUGUAGGUGAAGCUGCCAUAAAGACUGGCCGUGACUACCAGCUCGCGGCCAAGCUCGAGCCCCUCCUGAAACGCAGCGGGUUUACAAACAUUGUGCACAAGGAGAUCAAAGUCCCCACCGGCAUGUGGCCACGCGACAAGAAGCAGAAGGAGAUUGGCGCAUACCUACUGCUGAGUGUGGAGAGCGGGUUUGAGGCGUUCGGGAUGAAGCCAUUUACAGAGGUGUUGAACAUGACGGAGGAUGAGGCAAAACAAUUUUGCGAGAAGGUGCUGACCCAGGCAAGGAACAAGUUGAUUCACGGCUAUUCAAUGCAUCACGUAUAUUAUGCGCAGAAGCCCGAGGAGGACUGUUAG